AUGGCAAGAACUGGACAACUUUCUUCUCCUAAUUACUUCGUCCAAAGGAAUUUGACAUUUCUGCUUGGUCUCGAUCUGUCUAGGGAGGUAGAAUAUGCGUUGCUUAAGGUAGAAACUGAUACCCAAGUUGUUGGGUUUGAUAAAAAAAGAGAGUCCCCUGCCAUCUUUUAUGCAUGUUGGCCUGAUACGAUCAUUGAUAGUAUUAGAGAAUAA